AUGAAUACAGGAUUCACAUUUCCGCCUAGUGCCGAAGAGCCCAAAGUUGACCUUUCCAGAUUCCCAAAGACAGCUCAGCAACCAAGCAUUACACUCCCGAAUGAGUCUGCAAACACGAAUAUAGAAGAGUCUGGUAGUAACGUGCCAAUACUAUCGACAGCUGUGGUCGUACCUGGUCCACAAAGUGCAGCCCACUCGAGGUCAGAGAUACCGUCGUUGGAAACUUCUCCGGACAUCGUGCGAUCUUCAACCCCACUUAUACGCGAGGGAGUUACUCAGCUCGCCGAUCCAGUAAUGACAGGGCUAGGUACAGACCGAGCGAACACGUCCCAUGUAACAACGAAUGGAAAGUCCACCGCCAUCGACUACGCGCAAAAUAUGCGUCUAAACUUGGCCACAGACUGGAAAAGCCCCUCCGAGUACGCACUCCACAUCCUUUUCACCAAGUUUGUUCGCCAUGCUGAAAACAAACUCAAUCUCUGUCUACAAUAUCCGCUGGAUUCGGAACCUCCAAUCGUGGACUUGUUAGGUGAAGGCGUGGAUCAGACAUUUGAUAAGAUCAUUGAGUCGCUCGGCUUCAUAUCAAAGAAAAAGCCUAAGCCAGUAAUAGAUGCCAUGAUGUUUUGGAGGAAAACUAAGUCGGAGGUAGCGGCAGUCGCUGCGGAAAACGUGGAGAAGCUAAUUCAAGAGUACGGUCUACAGAGGCGAAGCUUGUCUCAAGAAGAGCAUACUGGUCCACCUACACACAAGCUACACUCAAAAUCCUCUAGUCUGGGGAGCAAAAAAUCACAUCGUCGAAAUAAUUCUUCGAAAUCUUACACAAGUGUUAACAGCACUGGAGAUAUGAGACAGCGUUUGAUGGAAGAUCAAAUAGAGACAGCUAAGGAAACAGCCUUUCAAGCUGAUCGAAAAUCUUUGAUCAGCAUUUACAUUUUAUGCCGUGUUUUGCUCGAGAUUGUCAGGCAAGGAUCAGGAACGUCUGACGACGAUCUGAGUGAUAAACUUGAAGAAAUAGUUUUUACUCAACUGAAGACUACCGAUCCUAUGUCCAUAUCUUCCAGUAUGAUAAAGUCAUCCAAUUGGAACUCUUUUGCAGAACUAUUAGGAUGCAUGUCAGAGACUAAAUUUGUCGCAGUAAGUGAUCGCUUUAUCGCAGACUUAGAGAAAUUACCACCAUCUCUACCUCGUGCAUUAGAGCCAUCUGUUCAUCUCCUCAUUUUAGGAAUGAGGUAUCUGAAGCUAAAGAACUACCCUCUGGAAAAUUUUGAAGAAAGUGCAGAAUUCAUCAAGUCUUUAACGAAGUUCUUCAUUGCGUCUCAAAAUUAUUCUAUCCGUCUCGCUUAUGCAGAAGUCAUAACCCAACUACUUCUUCCAUUGGUCGGGUCCUUAACAGCCGAAGUCAACCACCCUACGUGGGUGGAGGCAAUGACGAUGAUAUUGGAGAACUGUCUCAAAUUUCAACACGAGAGUAAAUUCUGGGCCAGCUCCUUCAAACUAAUGGUGACAGUCAUUUGUGUCUCACCGCAGCCUCUUUUUUCGGAAAGUUGGUUGACUCUCCUUGAGAACAACAUUGGCAAGAUCAAGUCCAAGAGCCUUGAUGAACGCGUUGUUUUCGCAACUGGGUUAUCUCGGCUUGUUUGGGUCUACCUCUACAGGUGUGCUGAAACUUUGAACAAUACGGAACGUCGCUUAAAAAAGCUUUUCAUGUUUUUUCUUACUGGAAAAAAAAAAGACAACUGGAUCACGACAGAUAUGGAUUUAAUCAAUCCCCUCACGGAUGUUUUAGUUACAAUUGGCAAUCUUCACCAAGGAUUCAUAAUGGAGAACGUCAUUUUACCGCUCAUAAAGAUGUCCUUUAACGGUGCCACUUUGGAAAAUAUAGGAUAUGAGAGAAUGAUUUUAGCCAUUGACGCUUAUAGAGGUCUUCUUGUUACUACAGAGCGACCAGAGUUUCCUGAGAACGACUGUAGAUUUUAUGAGGUAAAUUUGAACAAAAUUUCUAGCCAUAUGGGAGGUGUAGCAUCAAGUGAUCAUGAAGAGGCAUGCAAAUCAUUUUACAAAUUAUUCCUUUUAUUGGACUCAAAUAUUGGUUCAGAGGUGUGGUCACCUGAGAAUGAACAUCACCGGCAAAGUAAUACUCCCUUCGCUGGAAUUUCAUCUUUCAAUUUUGGAUUUUCAAGUGAAAAUGCCAAUAAUUCAAAUCGAGGAUUGAAUGCUGCCUUGUUUGCUGCUUUAAUUGAGGUUAUGCCAUGCUGCUUAACAGUUUCAAAGAGCAUACCGUUCAAAUCAACAAUCGAGAUAUUGGCAAGAAACGCAGUUCACCACAACACACUGAUUGCCGCCAGCUCUCAAAACGCUUUGAGAGCGCUGGCCUUGAAAAAGAAUCCCUACACAUUAAUUACAUGGUUUGCGAAGUACUCUUUUGAUUUUGACGAGAAGACUCAGUCCAGCUAUAAUUUAUCGUAUUUGUCUUCCACUGAAUAUCGCAAACUGCUUAUUCUUUACAUCGAACUUUUACAUUGUUGGUUAGGUGAAUUCAAAAAAUCGAAGAAAGCAAAGAAUGUGAAGGAAACUGGUGUAGGAAGUUUCCCCACCGAAGUCCAUGAAUCAACUACAUUAGAAGGAAAGGACACUGAAAAGUAUGAGUGGAAAAACACUGUAACAGUGAUUGAAGAUGUUGAAGGAAAUGGACUUUUCUUUUUAUGUUCCCACGAUCAUUUAGUCCGGCGCUUGGCAAUCCAGAUUCUCAAAAUAGUUUCCAAGUUUGACGAAGCUCUGUUAGAAAAGACUAACAGUUUAGAAAAAUCGCAUUCACGAUCAACAUCGAGAUUGGUUGCCGAGAGGGGCACGCGCCUAAUCGAUUUACUCCAGACUUUUAAUUAUUCCAACCUACUAGAGGACAAAAGGUUAGCUAUGAGUGUUGCUGAGAAAACUCGAUUUGCGAAACUAAGCGCAAAAUACAAGACCGGCAUUUUGGUAAAGAUAGCUGAAUCAGAGUACGGGGUGGAUGCGGCUCUUUGGAUGCGUACCUUCUCGAAGCUACUCUCCUUGAUCUUUGAGCGUUCUCCAGUUACUAUGGCGCUUUGUCGCUCUCUAGUGUGCAUUCGGCUCGUUCAACUUCAUGAAAUCAUUUUGUCCGUUGCGAGCAACACGCAAAUCCAAUCGAGGGAUAUUUCGCCGCAGGUUGUGGUAAAUCAAUGGAAACUCUACUUGAUAGUAGCUUGUUCUUCGUUGACGUCGAUAAGCGAUCAGAAAUUGCAUAUUCCUGCUACUCAGCAUCAGCACGGUAGAAAUAAGUCACAACAGAUAUUAACUGUUCAGCACCAGAAAAUCAAAUCCGCUACUUCGAUAUUUAAGAUGGUUUUACCGCUCCUCAAUUGCCACAAUUCGUUUGUUAAAGAUGCAAUAAUCAGCGGUCUCAGCUCAAUGAACGUCAACAUCUUCAAGGCAUAUCUACAGAGCGUCGAUAGAUAUCUUGUUUCUUGGAGUGUCGAGAGCUCAUCCAAUGUUUUGCGAAUUGAGAUAUUCCACGUGCUGGCAGUUCUGGCCCCGUUCUUUAGAAACUCAACGGUCUUAGAUGACGAGUGGGUCCUAAAGAGGCUUUCAAAAACCUUAAAAGAUGCCAAGCAAUUUUUGGAAUUGAAAGAGAUCCAGUUUUCAUUCAAGUAUCAGCAGUUGCGCAGCUAUUUUUCAGGACUAUUGGCAAGCUACUAUUUGGCUGUCAAGAAUCAUCCAAUGAUCAACGAGUUAUUUCCAUUUGAGGCCCGAGCGUCGUGCUUCAAUUACUUGAAAGAGUGGUGUGGAUAUGGUCAAUAUAGCACAGUCUCGGUCGAUAGAUAUAAUAAAAUGAGAGUGAGCGAUACCAUUAAGGAUAGAAGCACUCUUUCAACGGCCAUUGAAUUCCAAAAAUCUCGGUUGGAGUUUGUCGCUCUCGAAGCCAUGGUACACUUAUGUUGCGACACUAUUACUAAAACGAUCAAUGAUAUCCCGCAUUCACCCAUCUAUAUAUCGUUUGAUAUUCCAGGUUUGAUUUCUUGGAUUGACUCGCUUUUUAGUGCUCGCGAGGACAGAGUUCGGAAACUUGGGACGAUGGCCUUGAAAGGUUUACUUGAACAUAACAAAGAGAAUACCCAGCUUUACCACGAUACGCUGAUGCAAUAUUCGAUCCACACCUUAGAUACACGGAUCGCCACACUAUACUAUACCGCAGUGUGCGACUCGCUGCUCCAAAUGGAUUUCUUCGUCCUUCCUGAGGAUGACGUUGUAUUUUUGGGCUUGAGUGGGCUUUACAAUGAGAGCACUGAAGUACGUUCGUACUCGAUUGAUAUUUUGUCGGCUAUAGAAACGAAGAUUUACAAGUCUUCAUACACUAAAGUAUUCAAAGAAAGGUUGUCCAAUGAUUCGAAGACUGUAUACAAAUCAACCGCAAAAGAAAUCUCGACGAUUUUCGCAGAGCUGCCCUCCUCCGAAGUACUUCUCAAAAUAUUCUCCAAAAUCUGUUGGAAUAUUGACUUUCUGAACACUGAAAUGAAGCAGGAUAUCUUUACACUGCUGAUUCCUUGGGUCCAUAAGAUUACUUUGAAAAACCUAGAUGACUCUGGAACUUUCAUGGUGUUGAAUAAUCUUUUCGCUAUCACAAUUGAGCAAAAUAAUCGCUAUCCGAUGGAGAUAGAGCAGCUAUGGAUUUCGCUAGGGAAAGGAAAUGGGUUUCAAAACAUUCAUGUGGCGCUUGAUUAUAUUUUGCAGAUGUCGAUAUCUUCAAGGAAUCCAAAAUUUGUGAAAAGAGCGAAGGAUGUUGUUCUCUACCUGGCUAACGUACCGGGCGGCAUAGGAGUCAUCGAUUCUUUCAUGAUUAACCUAGAACCUAGGCAUAUGAUUCCUGAAACGUCGCGGGUCAAGAUCGAGAUGCCUGCUGGUGAGAAGUUUGCAUUUGUGGCAAAUAUUUGGAAAUCACUUGCUUAUAGAGGGAAGGAAGUUGUUUUUUCCAAGGCUCAGCUGUCUAUCAUCUAUUUGGUAAAUCUACUGACAAUACCAAAUGAUUCGAUGAGGCCCAAGGUCCCGCUAUUGUUGCAUAUAUGCUUUUCUUUGAUUGAUCAUUACGUGCCGAUUAUUCACGAGAGUGCUGCUAAGAUAUUGUCAGACCUUAUUUUCGGGCUAGUUCCUACACAUGAAAAGGCAGAGGAGACUGUAAAAUUAAUCAAAGAUAGAAAUAAUAUUUGGGCAUAUGACAAUCUCGUCAAGGAAAAGAAUGGCGCACGUUCUCCUAUGGCCAUGGAUUCAUUAGUUCGCAAUGUUGUUGCAUUGUUUUCCAAUUUUGAGCACAUACAAGCAGACUGGCAAACUAUAGCCUUAAAAUGGGCAACUACAUGUCCAGUGAAGCACAUUGCUUGUCGUUCCUUCCAGGUGUUCAGGUCCCUUUUGACAUUUCUGGACAAAAACAUGCUACGGGAUAUGCUGCACCGGCUAUCUAAUACAAUAUCGGAUGAAAAUCCUGAAAUACAGGGAUUUGCUAUGCAGAUUCUCAUGACCUUAAAUGCUGUGACAGCCGAGCUGAGCCCAGCCAAAUUGAUCGAUUUCCCCCAGAUGUUCUGGGCUUUAGUUGCUUGUCUCAACAGUAUUCAUGAACAAGAGUUCGUGGAAGUUUUGUCCAGUCUCACCAAGUUUGUAUCUAAAAUUGACUUAGAUUCACCUGAUACCGUACAGUGCUUGAUUGCCACCUUUCCUUCGUCGUGGGAGGGCAAGUUUGAUGGUUUACAGCAUACUAUCAUGACGGGUUUGCGAUCUCAAAACUCUUGGGAUAUUUCUCUAAGAUUUCUCGAUCGCCUAAAUCUAUUUCAAGAUAGUCGCAUCAUCGCUAAUAGUGAGUCAAGAAUAUUAUUUGCUCUGCUCGCUAAUUUACCUCGCCUUCUCAAUGCCAUGGACAAGGAAGAGUUUGACGAUGACAUAAAGAAAGCAUCGGCGUCCCUUAAGGUACUUGCAGAUUCCAAUAAUCAACCUUCUUUAGCACGACUUGUUGACUCCCUAUCCAAAAACAAGUUCCGGUCAAAGAAAGAUUUCUUGAGCCAGAUCGUCACAUUUAUCUCCCGCGUUUAUUUCCCCGAUUAUGGAGCGCAAACCCUGGUAUUUUUGAUGGGCCUUCUUUUCAAUAAAACAGAUUGGGUCAAACUUCAAACUUUGCAGUUAUUAGAACACAUAGUACCAUUGAUUGAUCUAAGUGGACCAGAGUUCACUGGGGUUGGUGCUGACUUGAUCUCUCCUCUCUUGAGGCUACUUUUGACCGACUACGAAUCGAAAGCACUUGAGGUGUUGAAUUGCGUUAGAAAUGUGUCCGGUAGUAAAAUGGAUAAGGAUGUUUUGCGUAUCAGCAUGGGUAACAAAGAUGCCAAAAUUUCAUACAGCAGGACAGCUACAUUAUUCGGCAUACCUGAGGAAAGUGGCUGGUCUGUACCAAUGCCAACGAUGACAGCAGCAACCACAAGGCAUAAUGUGCAUGCAGUUUUUACUACAUGCUCAGAUAGUACGACCGAUGAUUCAAACCAUCGUGCUGAAAACAUGGCAGAUGUUCUAGAAUUUCACGCGGACGGCGGGUACGCAACUGCUACCGCACUUGAAACAAAUGACACUACGUCUGUCUUGGAAGAAAAAGAAGAGAGGGAUGAGUCACUAAGCCAUAUGUGGGCAGAGCUAGACAAUUUGGACACAUUUUUUACAGCCGAGGUUGGAAUGCCAGGUAACGGAUUCGAGCAAAAAUUGUAUGAUCAUGCCCAUACUGAUUCUGGAGACACCGUGAGAAUUGAAAAUCCAAACGCGUACGAAUCUGCCCCUCAGCUGUACGAUAAGAAAGUCUCUGCUAUUUUGCAAAAUAGCUUGACCAGAACUCCUUCGAAUGUUUCUUUCAAGACAAACUUGGCAGAUUCUUUCGGAACAAGUAUGCACGGUGGGCCGCACAUCUUGAGAGACAAUGCAAAUAUGCAUUCUAAAAGCGUUAACCCAAACCCCUCGAGAUCUAGCUCAAAUGGUCAGUUUCCAUCCAGCAAACUAGCUUCGAGGGCCGGAGAAAUAUCACCACAUGCUAACGCUGAUGAUACAUCGCCAACGAAAAUGGCAAUUACUGAAAAUCCUGAAAUGGUUUUCAGAUUUGAAGGAAUAUUGAGAAAUCCUCAAAGAGCUAAGCAAAAAUGGCAGAGACAGCAACAACAACUUUUCGCGCAAACUUUUAAAGAAGACCAUGGAGCUUACCACUAUGAAAAGGAGUCACCGUCUCAUUCGUCACCUACCGUUGGGGGUAAAGUCAGCCCACCUCUCUCUCCGGCAGUGAGCGACGCAAAGAGUACACAGUCCUCAGUUAAAGAAUCUGUUAAACAAAAAAAUUCACAAGCAAAACCAAGAGCACAGAGACACCAUUAUCAUCUUCCUCAUUUCUCCAGCCGUUUAUCUGAUGGAAAAUCCACACCUACUCUAUCAAGUUCCUCGGCAGGAUUUUCUCUUAAAAGUUCUCCGUCUCCGAGAUCCAGCAAACAGUCAGGUCCUAGUCUUUCGAAAAGCCCCCAUAGCCAACUCUCUAAAAGAGUUAAAUCAUUUCAAGGCAAAUCUAAGAGCGGUGGUCUAGAGAAGGCGGCUCUGGGCGAGGAGACACCAGUACAGAAGUUGAUGCAGGACAGAAAUUUAGAGGAUGAUCUAAUGAUAGAAAAACAACUACUUUCAUUACAGGAUGAGCUUCAGAGUAGAUCAGUGAGUGGCAAAUUCAGCUCGAAUUAG